AUGGCUUCUUGCAGCAAAUCUCUCUUUUAUUCAAAAUUUGAUUUAGGCUCUCUUUUAUCUUCACGUCCUCCUCUUCCAUUCCCUCCUAACUUUUCUUCUUCUUUUUCUUCAACUAAUUUCUUUGCAUUCAGUCAGUUUAAAGAAAUCAGUCUAAGAUACUCCUCUGAUUUACAACCCUCGUCAAUCAUCAAGAAAUCACAGCCUAGAAGGCACAUUUGCAGAGCAGCUGAAUACAAGUUCCCCGAUCCAAUUCCCGAAUUCGCUGUUGCUGAGACAGAAAAGUUUAAGACCCAUCUUCUCAAAAAGCUCACCAAGAAAGAUAUUUAUGGAGAUUCGCUUGAAGAAGUUGUAGGAAUCUGCACUGAGAUAUUCAGUACCUUCUUGCACGCAGAGUACGGUGGUCCUGGAACACUCUUGGUCACACCUUUUAUUGAUAUGGCUGAUACUGUGAAUGAGCAGGGGUUACCUGGAGGACCUGAAGCUGCACGUGCAGCGGUCAAAUGGGCCCAAGGUCAUGUUGACAAUGACUGGAAAGAAUGGACCGGUGGUGACAGUAAUUAA